UGAGAUUGUUCUUCUCGACUUCGAGGCGUGAUGGGCCCAAUCUCUGCACAUGCCCACGUGCUCCGCCGGUCGAAUCAUCCGGGGCAGGCCCUGGUACAGGCAGAGUGCCCAGCAUCCCUUCGCGCUUGGCAUUGCGGAUUCGAUGCAUGACUGCGCUGAUGAUACCAAAUUACUCGCUGAUAAUCUCUGGGACGAUGAUUGUGGUUGCGAUAGUAGCGGUUGAACGUCACUGUUUCUACUGGUUGGCAGCCUGUCGUCCAGCUUGAUCGUGUAGCUGCGAACUCAUAAGAGAAGCCUACUUCCGUGAAAUGGCGUUGAUAAAUUCGCUGCGGCUUCACAAGCCCAGUCAACCGAACCCGAGCCCUUUGAAGAUCCUAACCUGGUAGGUUCGCUCACCAGUUGGUCAAUAUGCAUGUCAAAUCAGUGUCGCUAGCCGCUGGCUUCUUCGCCGCGGUCGAGGUCGGUGCCAUGCCAAAGCUCGACUGGACGUCCUACAGUCGCGGAAUCAAGCCAGCCCAACAUCCCAUCAGCAAUGUCGAACUCGGCCCUCGGCCCUACUACCUGACCAACGACAUGGACGAUGGCCCGCUGAAACAACGUCUCUCGUCGUGCUCAGAAAUGGAGAUGCGUCCAACCAAAUUCAGCAUCGGCCACCGCGGCGGUGCUUGUCUCCAGUUCCCCGAGGAAACAGUCGAGUCCAUCAUGGCGGGCACGCGCAUGGGCGCGGGCAUCCAAGAGUGCGACGUAGCCUUCACCAGGGACCGUGAGUUGGUCUGCCGCCACGACCAGUGCGAUCUACACACAACGACCAACAUCGUAGCUACGGACCUGGGUGCCAAGUGCAGCACUCCUUUUACUCCUGCAUCCAAUGGCGCGGCCGCCACGGCCAAGUGCUGCACCAGCGACAUCACUUUCGCCGAGUUCAAGACGUUAUGCGGCAAGAUGGACGGCUCCAAUUCCUCGGCCAUGACUCCCGAGGAUUACCUCCACGGUACGCCCGCCUGGCGAACUGAUUUGUACGCUACCUGCGGCACCGUCCUUGGACACAAGGAGUACAUCUCCCUCGUUGACUCGCUCGGGCUUGACUUCACCCCUGAAUUGAAAGCCCCCGCUGUGCCCAUGCCAUUCGACGGCGACUACACUGUGCAGAAAUACCAGCAGCAGCUGGCGGAUGAGUACCGCGAAGCCGGCAUUGCCUUUAGUCGCGUCUGGCCGCAGAGCUUCCAGCUCGAUGCCGUGGCAUACUGGAUUGCGAACGAGCCCGAGUUUGGGGCGCAAGCGGUGCUAUUGGAUGAGAGCGGUGAUUCGGCGGAGACAUUCCCCGGUGCAGUGGCCAAUUUGACCACGUACAAGGAGGCCGGGGUACAGAUCGUUGCGCCGCCGUUGCCAUACCUGGUAGCCCUUGGUGAGGGGAACAAUUACGUUCCCAGUGCAUACGCAGUCGAGGCCAAGCGGCUGGGGCUGAAGCUCCUGACGUGGUCGUUGGAGAGGUCGGGGCCAUUGGCGAAUGUGGCAGCCGGUGAGGACUAUUACUAUGUGAGCAUCGCAAAUGGGACCGUCAAGGAUGGGGACAUGUAUAGGCUGGUUGAUGUCCUGGUGCAGGAAGUGGGCGUCAUCGGGAUAUUCUCGGAUUGGUCGAGUACGGUCACCUAUUAUGCCAAUUGCUUCGAUUUGUUCUAGAGGUAUGAGCUCCAAUAAUAAAUUCAAGUAGAAAGAAAUCAGCUAUACCAUUCACUUGUUGAAGAAGCUGGACUGAGUGGA